GCAGAAGUGUCGAAGGUGUAGUCGAAAUCUGUCGAAACUACCGACCCAUGGCGCAAACUCGCGUUGGUCCGGCCGACGACUCCCGGCGCAUGAAAAGGAGCAUUAGCAAGCCCGAGGAAGUGAGCCACAAGGACCUCUUGGUCGGUGGGGUGCUCUUCCGUGUACCGGCCGAGUUUGUCAUCACCAGCCAGCGCCAUCGGAAAGCCAUUGACCCGAGUACGUUCCUUGGUCCGACGAUGUUGUCACGCCGGUCAAGAGCUUGCAGCAGCGGCGAUUUGUACUCGUAUACGUCGUCAGGGCAGUCUACAACGUCUCCGCAUCACCGAACGUCCACACCUGACGGUGGGAAUCUGACUCGAGGUCGAUCGAGUCUGCCCACAGUUCAAGAACUUCGCGACUUUUCGUCGUCGCUGGAUGCCCACCUAUGUCCAGUGUGCGGCGCUCUCAACUGCACGUGCGAAGCUGCUGCAAAAGCCGCGCCAGGCGCGACAUUGACUAGGCGGUCUGCUUCUGUGUCGAGCGGACUCAACUUUCUCACGCCCCGUGAACAAGCCAUGCAUGGUCGCUACCUCAUUCGAGAAUCGUUUGCAAACGGUCAAUACGGCCAGGUGCACAACGGCGAGGGGAUGGUCUCGCACGACAGCGUCGUCGUCAAGGUGAUUCCCAAGCAUAUCCUGCGGUCCCCCGAUGAAAAGCAGUCGGUGAUUCGGGAGCAAGUGAUUCAUAAGAGCUGCCGCCAUCCCCACAUCAUUCGGCUCAUCGACACGUACCAAGACGACGAAGCCCAUUACCUCAUCCUGGAGCGCGCGGCGAACGGAAGCAUGGAACACCGCAUCGGCCACAUGGGAAUUCCCGAAGACGACGCAAAGAACGUAUUUCGCCAGCUCCUCCUCGCGCUCGAAUAUUUGCAUGCGAACUGCAUUGUCCACCACGACUUGAAGCCGCACAACUUGUUGUUGGAUGCGUCGGGCCAACUCAAAGUGUGCGAUUUUGGCGCUGCUCGAGCUUACAACAAGCACGAACGGGGGCUUCCGUUUUCAGGGAUUUACGGCACGGUUGGCUACAUUGCGCCGGAACUCCUGCAGUCGACCCCGGUGUACACGACCGCUGUCGACAUGUUUAGCGCCGGUCUCAUUUUAUUUGAAAUGCUGUUUGCGUACGCUGCGUUUUAUCCCCCCAGCGCGUGCAUGCGAGACGAAGUCGAGUUUCCGAUGCCCAGACCGAGCCAGCGCCACAAGUCGCAAGUGUCGACUCAAGCGAAAGACUUGAUCCAAGCGCUGCUUCAGAAAGACCCUGCUAUGCGUGCCACGGCCGCCGCCGCCUUGCGACACCCGUGGUUCCACACCAAAAAUGCGUAGCAAGAUCAUGUUUCUUGGAAGGCCGUGGCUGGUGGUGACUACCAAUGAAGCGACUUCUAGCAGUGCCUGAGCACGCAUUUUGAAUUCUAUGCCAGCCAUGAGAAUGCUUUGAUCGAGGCAUGGCGGCCGGGAG